AGCGGAAGUGUCAGAGCAGGCGGAAGUGGUACUGCCCUGAAUAUCCCGAGCAGCAAGCGGAGGACGGCUUGAGAUACUCCCAUCGUUAAGAGAAUAAAAUCAGGAUCUCUAAUACGCUCAAAAUCCUAAAAGAUGGAUAAGAACGACCUGGUGCAGAAAGCCAAGCUGGCAGAGCAGGCCGAGCGCUACGACGACAUGGCGGCUGCCAUGAAGGCUGUGACGGAGCAGGGCCAGGAGCUGAGCAACGAGGAGCGCAACCUGCUCUCCGUUGCCUAUAAGAACGUGGUGGGGGCCCGCCGCUCUUCCUGGCGCGUCAUCUCCAGCAUCGAGCAGAAGACGGAGGGGAACGAGAAGAAACAGCAGAUGGCCCGAGAAUACCGCGUGAAGAUCGAGGGUGAACUCCAAGAAAUCUGCCACGACGUGCUGAACCUGCUCGACAAAUUCCUCAUUGCCAACGCAUCUCAGGCAGAGAGCAAGGUGUUCUACCUCAAAAUGAAAGGGGACUACUUCAGAUACCUGUCAGAGGUGGCCUCUGGGGACUCGAAGAAGGAAACGGUGGAGAACUCUCAGAAGGCCUACCAGGACGCCUUCGACAUCAGCAAGAAGGACAUGCAGCCAACACACCCCAUCCGGCUGGGCCUGGCCCUCAACUUCUCCGUCUUCUACUAUGAAAUCCUCAACUCGCCCGAGCAGGCCUGCUCUCUGGCCAAGCAGGCUUUCGACGAAGCGAUCGCCGAGCUUGACACCUUGAACGAGGAUUCAUACAAAGACAGCACGCUGAUCAUGCAGCUACUAAGGGACAACCUUACUCUGUGGACAUCAGAAAACCAGGGAGACGAGGGUGAAACCGGCGACGCAGACAACUAGAGCGCACUUCACUGUUAACCCAUCCCCACACUUCUCCUCCUCCUCCUCCUCUCCCUGUAUCUCCUCCUCUUCCUUCUCUUCCUCCUCUCUUCGUACACAUAAACAACCCGUUCAUUCCCUCGUUCCCGCCUCUCCGAACCCGGCCGCCUGACUUCCCUUCUGUAUAACCAACAGCAUGAAUAGCACCCGACCUUCACAAAUAUUACUGAGCGAACGAGGCGAGGUUAAGGACCCCGUCCCCCCACCCGCCCUCUCUCCAUCAUGGCACUCCAACACAGGCCAGCAGGCUCACACCUCUGGCUGGUUUAGUCUUAUAGCACGCAGAGAGGGUUUCUAUCCCAAACCACCAACUAAAAGAACAUCCUCCAGAGCCCGCCUUCUCCUGUUUAUACCUUCCUUGUUUAAUCUUUCUCUUCCAUCCCUCCCUCCUAACAUCUCAGUACGUUCUCUCCCUCCUCCCCUCCUGUCCUAGUGAGUUAAAGCAUUUAUAUAGUUGUCCAUUCCUUCUCUGUUUGGCUUUUCAUAGUGUACUGGCAAAGAAUGGCUGGUUUUAUUCCACUUUAAACAAAACAAAGGUUAUUAAACUGUCCGUUUAUUUUCAACAAACGCUGUGAUGCUUAGUUUUUCCUCUAAAUCCUCCCGACCUGGGAAUGGAGGGGGUGGGUGGUUGUUUGAACAGCAGGGGAAUUCUGCUGGGGGUUUAUACAGAAGGGUCCUCCAUACAAGGCUGUAUUGUGACACUGAUAAAAGUUAAACAAAUGGUUUUUUCCUUUUGGUUUGGGUAAUCAACACUUGCUGGUUUCUUUUUUUUUUUUGCCAACUGGGACCUUUAAAGAUUUGACGCCAUUUCACACAAAAAAAUAGUAAAUUGUUCAGCAAAAGUGGAAACAUUCCAUCUUCCUUUUCAGCAACACGACCCGCUUGCUUCCCCUCCUUUCUCUCGCCUGUCCUUUGGUUUACUUUUCCGGGUGUGUUUUGAUUCUGUAACCAAUCGAUCAGUUCCGUUUUUUGAAAACUGUAAAAUUGUAAAACAUUUUUAGAGCUUAACUGUAAAUCUUUGUUGUUGUUUUUUUUUUUUUUUUGUGGAGAACAGAAUGGUUUUUGGAUGUUCGUUACCACCUGCCUGCAGAUAAAACCUUGAAGCCGUUACAGUCAGCUGCUGUUUGAUGCUUCGGUGAAUUAUUAUUUUUUAAACCAGAUUUGUUUCUGCCUUCCUUCUCUGCCCUCAUUCUGUCCAUUCCUGCCUCUACAAGACAAGUUUAGUCAAGUCUCGUGUUACAGCUCGCGGCAGAACGCUGCAAAAAAAAAAGUGCCUGCCCUGAGCUGUAGCCGCUCAAACCUUCUGCAGCGCGAGUUAAAAACGGUACAGUCUGUGGAAUGACGCCGCUUCCUGGGACCUGGCGUUUCUGUUUCAAUCAGACCAACGUCAAAAUCUAAAUUCCUCCCCUGCUAUUGAAACCGACGUAGCUCUGGUGGAACUAGUUGGAAAAAGUAAAGUUGGGUUUUGGUGCAGGUCGAAGCCUCGGCAGGUUAUGUACAUUUUAGGAGCCAAAUCACAGCCGAUCAGCCAAUCGAGGAAAUGAGAACCUGUAGUUUGGAUUAUGGUUUUAGAAAAAUGUGCAGAUCAGUUGAGGCACGCGUCCAACUGCACCGAAACGAAUACUAAAAAUUCAAUCCCCCAAAAAAUCAGAUUUCAUAUUCGACUUUACACCCUGGUAUUGGCAGAUAAACACACUGCAGCUUUAACAUUUUCCCCCCUUUUUCUACUCAGUGUCACAAUAACCUUGUCUAAAGCACCAUGACAUUCCACUCUGUAGAUGUAGAAGGUAUUUUUCUUUUUCCUGGGGACAAAUAUUUUCAUGCACUGACAUUUAAAAAGUAGAAAAAGACAAAAAAAAAAUCUCAUCCUCCCUACUGCUCUUUUUUUUUCCUCUUUAGCUGAACAAAAAGACAGUUAUUCUUCGCUUUCUAAGGACAAAACGGAUCCCUUGCAGUAGUGAAUGUGGCACCGAGCCUGUCUGUAUAUCUGGUAUCUGAAAUCAUUUUGUUUUUACUGACCAGUAUUCUGCUUAAAAUAAAACAAAAAUCAACCCAAAAACAACACAAAAGUCUGCUUCUGUGACGGUUUUCUUGCUUAGCUCGCACGUGGUUGUGAAACUUUAGGUUUAGCUUAAAUAUACAAAAAAAAAAAACACGAAAAUGGUUUUAAAAAAAUGGAGAAAAAAAAUCCUGAGUACCUUUCCUUCACUCUGGUUCUUGACGUAAAACUAGAUUUGUGUAUGUCUUUUAAAAAAAAUCCAAUUCUAGUUUAACCUUUCAUGUUAUAAACAGGAUAAAUUGUAAAAGACGAUUUAAAGUGAAAUAAAGUUUUAUCAGUUCCGAAUCA